AUUAAUGCCUAAGAAAGAGUUAGCUGGUGCGUUAUAACAUCCAUUGUGACAAAAGCUAAUCAGAAUCAAUCAGUUCGCGAGAUAGUGAAACCUGUGAAUCGAACGGUUAAUCUGGAAGCAACCCUUAUCAAUCAUUGCUCGCUGCUUUUCCUGAAACAUGAGAACCGGAUUCAAUCUACUAUCGGAAAAUGCUCCUUUAUUGAGGAUUCCUGCUCCCAGAUUUUUCUGGGCUGUUCCAAAACCGCUCAACACGUCUCUGUACUCCUACCCGGCUGAAAUUUGGGAUCAUAUUCCGGACAAAGACAUUAUUAUUAAGCUAACCAUUCUAAUUCCGAUAGUUUUGUUUGGAAUUCUGGGAAAUGCUGCCCUGUUGGAAAUCAUUUUUUCAAAUCGUGCCCUGAGAACACCAGCCCAUUUACUUAUAGCGAACCUGGCACUCAUUGAUUUGGUCACAUUGAUUCUGUGUCCUCCGAUAUUUCUGCUACAUGACAUUCACCAAAGCUACGUUCUUGGGCCUGUUGGAUGUAAGCUGGAAGGGUUCAUUGAAGGUGGAUUACUGAUAACAUCAAUUCUGGCACUAUGCGUAGUAAGUUACGAUCGACUGGCAGCUAUCGUACUUACGGCGAAAGCGCGGAUGAAACAGAGCGGAACAAUGUGCAUCAUAGGACUCAGUUGGUUUUUGGGAUUUACGGCCGCUUUACCACUAGCGAUUUAUCGAAAUUUUAUGGAACGCGAUUGGAAUAACUUUCACGAAACGUUCUGUUCCGAGGACAGCGAGAUUAUGCCCAUGUUUUGGAAUUACGUCAUUGUGUUGCUAGUGUGGAUACCAUUAGGAGUGAUGGCGGUGACCUACAGUGCCAUCUUUUGUAAACUGGACCGGUAUGAGAGGGCAGCUAUGAACAGAGAACAUCCGAUGGUAGUGCGAUACAAAAGUCGAGUAGCAAGAACUCUGUUCAUAGUCUUGAUGGCGUUCGUGGUGGUGAGGAUACCGUUUACAGUAUUGAUUAUGGUUUAUUACAGGAACGUUGAUAAAUUCAAUACAUUCGAGGUAAAUGAGAAUUUCAUUUUGCUUUGGUGGGUAGCUAAAGUGGCAUUCAUAUUUUUGUACUCGGCAAUGAAUCCAGUGAUAUAUGGUAUGACCAAUAGAACUUUUCGCAAAGCUUACAAAAGUUCAAAAAUUCUUGGGAUACUUUGGAAAAUCGACAAAGAGAAGUUGUCCAAUGAGCCCGAGAACAAAAGUCAACAAGCGAUUACUCGUAAAACUUUCUGGCCACGUGGUCCAUAUGAAGGAGGUAAAUUAGAAAAACAGUCACAGCGCCAUUGGAGCGGGAAAAAUAGGUACAUCGUAGCAAAUUGGUUGAAUUCUACCAUUCGUCACAAGGAUAAACAUCGAAGUCUUGCACCACAGGAUGAAAAAGACCAGCGAAUGGAAGCAGUUGACACAAAAUCUUCCGGGGUGGCACAAAACAAUUAGUCGAUCUAGAAGGAUCAGAACAUUGUCCGAACAAUAAUGUGUUUGUUUUCAAGUAUUUAUCUACGAAGUCAGAUUUUGCUGAUUGAUUGAGGAAAACGUUCACCAUUUUGGAUGUCUCGAGCAACAAAACCAUUAGCAUUAUAAAUGAUAAUGUCAACAUAAAAUUUGUUGAGCAAUUCUCUCAAGCAUUCAGAACGGCUCGUGCAUAUAAUACAAUAUUCAAAGAUUCCGCUCUAGAUUCAUAGCAUUUGCUUCAUAAGUUUGCUUGAAGGUGACUGAAAUACUAAGUUUCGGCCGAUCAACCAAAUUGUUUUAAUUGGUAAAUGAAGUUACACUCCUAGUCAGUCGCGCUUUGACAUGCAACUCUAAAGGAAAGUCCUUGCAUUACAUUCCUUUUGUGGAAUUCGGCCUUCCUGUUUCAACAGAUUUCGCAGCCGAUUCAUAGUGUACAUAAUCAUUGCAUGGCUAGUACCAGUGCAGUAAAACUUCAUUCAAUUCAAUUGAAACUGAAUGUGGAACACAUUGACGAUCUCUCUAAUGCAGUACACUUCACUUCCUGACACACACAAUGUUUGCUGACGGCCCGAACGGGCAGCAUUCAGUUCAUCACUCGUUUCUCUUCAAUCGAGGCUCAGUUUACCCACCGUCAGUUGAUCUCUUGAAGUAACAAAAAAAUAUCUCUUUCAAUAGUGUGAGAGCGGCCUUCAAAUGAGGUUCAUGUAAACAUUGAAAUUGGUUCAAGAUAAUAGAUGAAAGUCAAACCAGAUAGCUGAAAUAUCAAUCACAGAAUACACAUAAAUUAAUUGUUUCCUCCUUCAGUUUUCAUUUUUAGUACUUUUAUCCAUUUAUAAUUCUAUUCGUUCGAAAUUGUUUACUACCAAGAGCGAAGGCAAUGAAGCAGCUACACUACUUGGCACUCGAAACUGAGCAAGCAAAACUUCAAAUGACUAGGUACGAUUAUUCAACUGACGAUGAAUUCCUGGAGCUUCACUUGAAAAUGGCAGCAAAAGUCAAGUGAAUUAGUAGGGAUAUGCUGACGGUCAGCGGCCAUAAAUUUCAUUUUCAUCUUAUAUUAUUCGAUUGAAAAUGAAAUUUUACCGCACUGGCUAGUACUACGGAUCCUACUGACACUAAGAAUUAGAGAUGGGCAAUUCGUUCGCGAACGGUUCAAAACUACUAGUUCUCGUGAAAGAACUAGUGAGCAAUAGUUCUGUUUUCGAGAACGAUAGUUCCUCAGUUCAAAGUCGUGGGACCUUUUUUGCUCGCUUAACCUAACGAAACUAAGUUCUCGUUUUCUCUUUGCACAAACAAACCAUCUAUGAAAAGAACGAACGAACGGCUCUGGAGAACUAGUUCCUUCAAUAGAACUUUGCAUCACUGAACGGUUCUUUGAAAUGAACUGUUUUGCCCAUCUCUACUAAGAAUCCUUCCAGGUCGGGGAUCGAACAUACGACAACUGGCUUGUAAGACCAGAUAUGUAACUCUCCCGAUAGAAAUUUGCACGAUCGAUUCAUAUGUAAAUAGUACCCAUUUAUGAUGAUUAGUGUGUAUUAUUGUUUACAUUUCAAUCUGCAAAUCCGUGACUCUGUGAACCAGAGAUGCCGGGUCUGAAAAUUUGUUUGCAAAUCUUAUUUCUUAUAUAGUGCUACAGACAUUGUUUGUUGCAGACUUUUUUUUUGCAGACUUUUGAAAAUCGGAUUUUAUGCUUACUUUCGUCAAAAUUUACAGACUUGAAAUUUCUGUGACGUUUGUUUUGCUCGAAAAUCCGCGUAAAAUAAAACCGCGGAACUUCGGAAAUCCGAGUAAAAAAAUCACAAAACUAAGGAAAUUUUGUUGAUGUCAAAUAUCUUAAAAAUCUAUGAAACGUCGACUUCGGGACUUUGGGACCGCGUAACUUCAGAAAUCCGCAUAGAAAAAAACCCGUUAAACUAAAGAAUUUGUUUUUGAUGCCAUAUGUCUUAGAAAUGCAUGAAACGUCCAGUUCUGAUGUAAUCUCAUCAAUUUUUAGGUCUAAGAAGAGAAUUUGAGAUUUCCGAAAUCGAAAAUUAUUUUUUUGAUGCCAAAUGUCAUAGAAAUGCAUGAAACGUCAAGAUUUGGUGUAAUCUAAAAAAAAUUGUCAAAGAGUAGAUUAAAAAACAAUUUCGGGAUAACACUAGAUUUCGACGUUUCAUGCAUUUCGGAAAUCCGCGUAAAAAAGCUGCGAAAACCGCAUUAAAAUCCGCGUGAAAAAAGAGAACGCAACUGCUCGCCAUAAAGUCUAAAAAGCACAUGAGAGCCGGACCUGAGCGUUUGAUGCUUUGCACUACGCAGAAGGCCUUAUUUGGCUGCUGUAGGUCGAAAGUCCUCACCACAACGUCCAAUUCUGUGUAAAGCACAAGAAGAAGUGACCAUAGUUUACCUUUUUGUACUCGUCCAGUUGAACAUCGGGACUGAGACUCUCUGAUAAAACCGUUUGUCUCGGGUGCGAGAAACGCAAGCAAGCGUCAUGAACUUUCCUCAUUGUUUCCAAAAAGCUCGAGAAUCAAAAUUUUUGAGUUACUAACACUGUUGAAUAUUUAAUCAUAGAUUACUGAUUAUAUUUCUGAUGGCAUGAAGAAAAAAUUAUGUUGUUUUUAGUACAACUCGAGAUAUUUACGAUUAAGUUCUACCCAUUCUUCCACAAGGUGAAUUUUGAAAAGGUGUCCCAUAGUAAACUAAGACAUACUCACGUCAAAAUUUAUGAAGGGCAAGCUUCGGAGACCAUAAAAUUUUUAGCGCUGUUUUGGAAUAUAGUUAUUUUUACCAGUUUUGUGUUAAUUCUUAGGAAUCCACGCUUUUAUUGCAUUAUGUGAAGCUUCAAGAAAGUUUGUUGAUUAUGUUCGUGAGAAUUUAUGUUUCGGGUUAAAAAAUAAGGUGGUGUGGCGUCUAUCCCCUAUAAUCGGUAUAGAUUCCGUAACGCUCUACAAUAAGAUAUUGUUACUAAAAUGAAAAAAUAAUUAUAAAAACUAAUAGUUAAAAAAAUAAUUCAUGAUCAGUCUCAUUGACCAUGUACUUGGAAAAUUUUAUUUUAUUUGCUUAACUUGUUUGCUUAUGAGUUGAAGCACAACAAUGAAUGAUAAUCUUUUUGUAUAAAAAUAUCGAACAUUCAUUGAAUAACAUAAAAAAUGUUAAAAGUCUUUUUUCUCACCUGAUGUGUGGCAUCUCGCCCGGUUUUUUUUUCUAUUAAAAUAUAAUUAUCAGAAACAAAUUUUAUUAUUCAAACGCAAAAUUUUUUUUCCAUAUGUCGUAGGAUCCUUAAUUUUUUAAUAACAAUAGGUUAAGUUUUGAAGAAAUAUUGAUUUUUAAAAUGCUGCGACAUCUCACCCGGACUACAUGCCUGAGUCUUCCACAAAUAUUGGACUUUUUGACACAAAUGGGGAACUUCUUCCAAACAAGAACUUAACACAACGUACCUCAAACUAGUGACCAAAAAUUAUUAGGUAUUGGGUAUAAUUUGGUGUUGGUUGAAGGAAAUAUAUUUUAGCUAGCUUAUCUCAGUUUAUCAGAUUUUUAUUGGGGUCAUAGAUCACAAAGAUAUAUUGAACCACGUAAUAAUAAAUGUUGUAUAACCGAAUGCACAAAGAUAAAGUUCGGAAAUAAAUCACUUGGGUCGUUGUUAUUAAUGAAUGGAUGAAAUGGAAAUCAUUUGGUGUGCAUGGUGUGUAACUGUUGUUUAUUUUUGUUCCUUGUUCUGAUGAAUAAAAACGCUUAUCUUGUGUUUGCUCUGGAGUUUAUCGAUUAGUUAAAUGCAUAGUCGACUAGUAGGGGUUGUUGUUAAUCUUCAUCGGGCAGGCAAUUCCAGUUCAACAGUUUCGAUGUAAGCGAAACGAGUAUCGAGUAGU